GGCGAUUUCAAUAAUUAAACUGUGAUCUUUAGAUGGUUUAGGGAAACUACUUUCGCAUUGGACUCGUAAUUUUCAGUAUAUCCGUAAUUUCCGACGGUUUUAUUUUUUAUGUUUUGUACUUUCUUGCCAUAAUACUGGCUAUAUAUAUCUUUUGAUACCAAAGUUUUCUUACCUUUUUCGAUUUAAAUCCAUCCAUAUGCAUCACAUUUAAAAAUAUAUCUUAAUAUCAUAUCCUCUUUGUUUUGCUGUUUGUUCCUGAAACGCGCACAAUCUUAGUAUUGUAAUAUUCCUGUAAAAUAUGAAAGUAUUUUUGCACUUGUAAGUCAAGGUUUCUAGACAGCGGGCGAAAAAGGUUAGAUUUUUUAGUUGCGAAACAAUACAACGACUAACUAUUUCGCUUGAAUUUUCGUCCAUUUUUAGAAUUUGUGUCAUUACAAUACAUUUAGGUACUAAUGUGUUAUUUAGGUACUUUAUUUUUGUCCAAUAUUUGUUGCAAUCGUAUGAGUUGCUCAACGAGCAAUUUCAAUUAAAAAAAGUGAUCACGUCUUUGAUUUAUUUUUUUCCUCGCCUAUUUAUUUAUUUAAACUUGUGCACGUUAAAUGUGCAAAAGAUGGAUUUUAUGCCAUAAGGCAUUUUCUGCCAGUGGAACCUACACUGAUAUCUUCGCGUGCUUUUAGGAAAUGUAUACUAUCAGAACAUUUAUUUUUUGCCUUUAUCAAUAUUUUUUAUCUUUCAAUUAUUUUACUGAUCACAACUUGAUUUACAAGUGUGCGAACCUUCACAUAGCAUGACGUGUUAUUCAAAGAUUUAGUAAAUGUUUAGAUAUAAAUAUUGUGAGCUUGUAUGUUUUGUGAAGCGCGUUAGGCGCUUUAGUUUUAAACGUGUGACUGACUUAGCUUAAUUCAUUUUGUAUUUUAAAAUAAACAGUAAAAAUAAUGCGUACAUUUUCAUUUAUAAAUAGUGCAGCUUAAGCGACAGGCUUAGGUGUCUAAUGCAUGCUUUACCUGACAAAGCUUAUUGUAACAGUCACAAAACUGCUGAUUUGUGGCGGCGGAGGUCUAGUCCAACAGUUGCGCAAGAGUUACAGUCUGUCAGACCUGACGGAGUGCGAUCCAAGAGAGGAGAGAGGAACAGACGAGGCUGAUGACGUGUUGGGAGAACCAAGACUUGUACGACGGGGCGUUAAGAGUGGGCCCCGUCGCAGUGCUUCUGAAUCCAAUAGCCGUUCACCAAUGUACUUCCCGGAGGUGGAUGUGGACGUAAGGACCACCAGGUCCAGUAGAACUGAUGAGCCAGAUUUCAGCCACAUAAAAUCCAGCGAAGACAUAAGCUCCGGGUACUCGAGCGCCGACAACUCGGCGUCGCUGACUCGCGCGGGCUCGGUCGGCGCGGCGCGAGCUCGCUCCCGCACCGCCCGCACCACGGUCACCACGAUCAAACGACCGCAAGCCGCAGAGGAUGACGAAGUUAUCAUCGAGGAGCUACACGACGACGAUACUUUUGAAUUUGCGAAUAUGCCCCCGCUCGUAAAUGUCCCUUCUCCUCUCUUUCUAUCCCACUCUGAUCCCCCUUUCUUAUACCAAUAUAUAGGAGAUCAAAUUAAAAUAAUUCAAGUGCUAGGUGAUUUACCUCUUAGUUUGAAUUCUAACAAACAAACUAACAAUACAGAUCAGUGGGACCAAAAUGUCGCGGCGCAUGAAACUACGACUCAACGAGAAUCAAUAGAAAAAGAAAAUAUUAAGAUUGAUAAUGUACAGAAAGAACCAAAACAGGAUGUUGAAAUCACUGCAACUAUUAUUCAAACAGAACAUUUAAAAGAAGAUAUUAAUAUUGCUAAUAUUAUUGAAAGCCCAGUACUUGAAGUUACAGAUAGAGAGAUAGAAAUUCAAAUGGUCAAAAAUAAUGACAAAUUUGUUGAAGCAACGAAAACACAUGAUCUUGGUAAAAAAAGUGAAAAAAAUUCAACUUGUUCGAUUGAUGAAGAGAAGAUAUCACAGCUCCCCAAUGCUAAAAAAGAAGAAUCAUUAGAAACUACGAGUCUAGAUACGUCAAUUAAUGAAAAUGAUUCCGCGGAAAGUGAUGACGAAGCUUCAUUCGGAACACCAGAUAAUUCUCCAAAGAGCAAAAGAAAAGCAACUAAGGGUAAAUAUGGUAAGGCUAAGGCACCUCCUCCACCGCCUCAAAUAGAAGAACAUAAUGAGAUUAAAGAGGGCGAAGAGAAAAUUCCUAUAAGUACAACUUCUCAAGAAAGUUUGAUUGAUAUAAUUAACAGGCUACCUGAAAAUGCUUUAAUGGAAUCGGGAAUGUCUAAAAGCCUUCAAGUAAUUAAUCCAAUAGCAGAAAAGAAAAGGCGACACAAAGCGAAAUCGCCAGCUAGGAUACCUAAAGCGCAGAGUUCUGGUAUCGGAAAAUUAUUGCAGUUGCCGACUAAAUUAGCUUUUUGGCAAAAAUCUGAUGAGAAGGCAAAGUCCGAUGGGUUAUCAACGUCAUCUGAAGAUCAUAGCAGAAGAUCUUCGACUGUUGAUCGAAUAGCUAAGGAUGAGUUUCAAAGUUGUUAUGAUAUCAAUAAAAUUGUAAAAACAGAUCAUAUUGAAGAUGACCAAAUAAGUUUCAAAGACGCAACAGAUUUUGAUAACGAGACGAUAUCACAAAAUAUAAUUGAAAAGAGUGAUGCACUGCAGAAACUUAUUGAAGCAAAGUUAGAAAGUCAUCCAGAAUAUAAAUUUGUCCCAUUGCAUGAGGAAAUACCGACCACUUCGAAAAGCACAGACGUGUGAAGCCUUUCCAUAGUCCCGAGUCCUUUUAUAGAAAGCAGAAGGCGAAAUAGUAUGUUGAUGGUUUCUAUUACUUGUGCUGUCCUUUUGUAAUUUGAUGAAGCUCUUCCAUUAUAAUCGCAAUGCCGCUGUACUGUUACUUACAAAUUAAUAUUGUUAUUGCUGAUUUAUAUUUUCCCUAUUUAUAACCCUAUUAACAUUUUGUAAUAUUUGAUACUUUGUUUACUAAUUUUGUUAAUAUUAUUUAUUUGUAGUGUGAUGUGUGCUAUUUGUGUUAUAUAUAUAAUAGUCGAUUUGUUAUUUAUUGAUUUUUAUUUCCUUGAUAUUUUUUUCAAUUUAAUAACUAAAUAAAUAUGCUGACUACUAAAAAUAAAACUCGUACCGUGCUGUCCUUUACUAUAUAAAAUAUAACACUACUUAUAUAAAUGCAUGGACAAAACCAUGAAAUAAGCCAUAUCAGUCACGAUAUUUCUUUGAAAAUCCUUGUUUACUACUUAAUGAAAUUAGUUUAAAACAGCGGGUCGGCUAGUGUUUGCUAUUUAAAAUGCGUGGCAGUUAGUGAUAUGUCUGAUAUAGAUGCUUAUGCUUUUUUUUUCAAUUAGUUUUCAACUUUUUAAUUUUAUUUUCAGGCUAUGCUGUCGGCCUCGGCUACAAUACCGCGCGCAAAAAAAUCUAAUAAACGGAAAACACAAUAAACAUAAAUGACUAUGUAAAUAUCAUAAUAAAAAUUCUGCAUGCCUACCCAUUCCAUGUAACAAUGCUUAAAACUUUUCUAUCGUUAUAAAUCAAUUUGAACUUAAAACGUGGUUAUUUUAAAUUUAUCAAAGUGUGUACAGCUGUACCUAUCUAUCUACGCCAUUCUAAAUUCUAUUUGACGGGAAUAUCGAAGAAAUUUGUGUUUAUUUUAUGAAUCGUAUCAAUUCGACGUUAUUAUUUGAGCCAAAAUUUGCCAAAAGUGCGACUGCACAACGUUAGAUGAAAUAUUUUUAUUGAUAAGUAGUUGUAUUUGUUAAACUUAGUUGGAAGAAGAAACUAGUCCCUAAUACUUAGUUACUAUGAAUAUAUAGCUUCAAUGAGGCUUCAUAUCGAAUUUGAAAGAAUGGAAUGCAUGGUCUGAUUCAGUAUGAUAAUAAUGUAGACUGCAUUGUAAGUGUUGUACAUAAACGCGCAUUGGUCAUAAGAAGCAAUACUAAAUUGAAUUUGUUCAACUUCAGAUAAAAAAAUAUUUGUUAUCCACUUAUUGAAUUUAUAUGAAAUGUAACUAUAAUAAUGGUUUUAUGAAAACUUGUAUGGAUAUCGUUUUAUCUAUAAAAAAUCCAUUAUUACAUACAAUUUGCUCAUGCUUAAUAUUUAUACCAUAAGUUAUAUUAGACUAAAAAUGUUAUGGUAUAAUUUCUAUAGUAGCUUGAAUGCUGCUUUGAACUUAGUUCAUUCGUUUGUGGUUAAAUUAUUGCAAUGUUAGUAGCCAUUAAAUUGUGAUAAUGUUACCAAACUCACAAAAUGUAGGGUAAUUAAAGAAUAUCAAGAAGGCAGAAGUGAACAUAUUAUAUUGAUGUUGUGUUAGAUAAAAUCUCCUUCAUGUCGUCUGGUUCCUCAAUUUAAGUUCCUUGACGUUUUAUACUUUGAAAAACAUAAUAAUUAUUAUUAAUUUGGUGCAUACAGUAUAUGCAGUAGAUACACUUCUUAAUUAUAUAUAUAAUGGGAUGUAAUAGCAUUUUAUACUGAUUUGAAGUUACCCUUUGUGUACCUAUUGUUUCAUACAUUUACUGCUUGGGUUACAUUUGUAUCUACUUUGUGUUUGAGUUUAUUGAAACAAAUAAAUAUUUAAAUUA